AUGGCCUCUAGACCGACCGUCACCAUCAUCGGCGCCGAUGGCAAGGCCACCGGCACCACCGAGGUCCUCCCCAAGGUCUUCGGUGCUCCCAUCCGCCCGGAUAUCGUCAAGCACGUCCACACCGGCAUGGCCAAGAACAAGCGCCAGCCGUACUCCGUCAGCGAGAAGGCUGGUCACCAGACCUCUGCUGAGUCCUGGGGCACUGGUCGCGCUGUUGCCCGUAUCCCCCGUGUCUCCGGUGGUGGUACUCACCGCGCCGGUCAGGCCGCUUUCGGUAACAUGUGCCGUUCCGGUCGCAUGUUCGCUCCCACCAAGAUCUGGCGCAAGUGGCACGUCAAGGUCAACCAGGGCCAGAAGCGUUUCGCUACUGCCUCUGCCCUUGCUGCCUCCGCUGCCGCUCCUCUCCUGAUGGCCCGCGGUCACCAGGUCUCUACCGUUCCCGAGGUUCCCCUCGUUGUUGACUCCGCUGCUUUCUCCGGUGUCAACAAGACCGCCAACGCUCUUGCCCUCCUCAAGGCCGUUGGUGCUGGUGCUGAUGUCCAGAAGGCCAAGGCUUCCAAGAAGCUCCGCGCCGGUAAGGGCAAGCUCCGUGACCGCCGCCACCGCCAGCGUCGCGGUCCCCUCGUCGUCUACUCCGCCGAGACCGACGGCAAGGACCUCAUCAAGGGCUUCCGCAACAUCCCCGGUGUUGAGACCUCCCCCGUCGACGCCCUCAACCUCCUCCAGCUCGCCCCCGGUGGCCACCUCGGUCGCUUCAUCGUCUGGACCUCUGCCGCCAUCAAGGAGCUUGAUGCCGUCUACGAGUCCAAGAAGGGCUUCCAGCUUCCCGCCAACGUUGUCGCCCAGGCCGACCUUACCCGCCUCAUCAACUCUUCUGAGAUCCAGUCCGUCCUCCGCGCCCCCAAGGGUGACGCCAAGACCAAGCGCUCCAACGUCCAGAAGAAGAACCCUCUCCGCAACAAGCAGGUUCUCCUCCGCCUCAACCCCUACGCCGCUACCUUCGCCAAGGAGAAGCUCGGCGAGAUCAAGGAGGAGGGCAAGCCCCAGCGCGUUCCCGCCACCUUCAAGACCCUCCUCCAGGAGUAA